AUAUAUACAAACGCACCCUCGUAGAUCCAACACGCAUUUCUCCUCAUUUCCAGAUCCAAAAUCCUUUCCACCUCAUUUCUCCUCCCCUCUCCUCUCUCUCAAAAUGGGAUUCGAAACUUCAAACGGCACCGCAUCUACAAAACCACUUAAAUUCCUCAUCUACGGGCGCACUGGCUGGAUCGGUGGACUCCUAGGCAAGCUUUGCCAAUCCCAGGGCAUCGACUUCACCUACGGUUCCGGUCGCCUUGAAAACCGACCCUCCCUCGAAGCCGACGUUGCUGCUGUCAAUCCCACUCAUGUUUUCAACGCUGCCGGCGUCACUGGCAGGCCUAACGUCGACUGGUGCGAGUCCCAUAAGGUCGAGACCAUAAGAACCAAUGUGGUCGGCACGCUGACGUUGGCUGAUGUGUGCAGGGAGAAAGGUUUGGUCUUGAUCAAUUAUGCUACUGGUUGUAUCUUUGAGUAUGAUUCGAGUCAUCCUCUCGGGUCGGGUAUUGGUUUUAAGGAAGAGGAUACUCCGAACUUUAUCGGAUCGUUUUAUUCCAAGACUAAGGCCAUGGUAGAAGAUUUGCUCAAGAAUUAUGAAAAUGUUUGUACAUUGCGCGUCAGAAUGCCCAUUUCAUGUGAUCUAGCCAACCCUCGCAAUUUCAUCACGAAGAUCACUCGAUAUGAGAAGGUAGUGAACAUUCCAAACUCCAUGACGAUCUUGGAUGAACUCCUUCCCAUUUCCAUUGAGAUGGCAAAGAGAAACCUUACUGGAAUCUAUAACUUUACGAAUCCUGGAGUGGUCAGUCACAAUGAGAUUUUGGAGAUGUAUCGGGAUUACAUUGACCCCAAAUUCACAUGGAAAAACUUCACUCUUGAGGAGCAAGCUAAGGUAAUUGUUGCCCCAAGGAGCAACAAUGAGCUUGAUACUGUCAAAUUGAAGCAGGAAUUCCCUGAGCUCUUGCCAAUAAAGGAGUCCCUCAUCAAGUAUGUCUUCAAACCAAAUCAGAAGACUGCUGCUGCUUGAUGCUACCGAAGGGAAGUAAUCGAUGAACUAUUGUCCAUUAAAGAGUCCUUCAUUAAGUAUGUUUUUCAAGCCGAAUGGUGCUUGAAUUUUAGGUUUGGAUCUUUUUGGUUUCCUUAUUUCUAUUUAUUAAAAAUGGGUCCUGUGGGUUGGUGUGAUCUUUCCACCUAAUAGGUUCUUCCAAAUGACAUGCAUAUUUUACCUAUUUGUAUUUGUAUCUUGUUUUUGUAACUUGAUCAUGAAUAAACUAGUUAGAGGUCAAUUGAUUUA